CGUAUCGUGCGUUGGGGAAUACAUUCUCGAGCCAAUCGCGGCCCGAUACUUAUUUUGCCGCUCGUGUGCUCGUUUCGGAUUUAUAUGAUCCGUCAACGGGAUCCCGAAUCCCAGGACGGAUCCGCGGUCAUAACGCGUAUGUCGCAGCCCGGUGCUCUGUGUGUGCCGCGAUUUGAGAUCGGAUCGAUCGGCGGAUUAAACGGCCGGUUGCGCCUGCCGUGCUCGCUGUCUCGAUCAAUUUGCUCUCUUUGACUAAAGCGGCACCUACACGGUCGGUAUUGUUGCGUUGUAAUUUUGUCGACACUGGCAUUCGGGCCAAUAAGGGUCGGGAACGAAAUCGCAAGAUGACAUCCGUAAUAAGAAAAAAAAAAAACGAGCCAUGCGAUAUUCAGUUGUAAAAGUUGCGCAAUCGUCGCAUCGUCAUUAUUAACGUUGUUUCGAUAAACGCGACGAGUUCUCUCUCUCUCGGACACGUUUAUUUGCUUAUUAAAAUAUACGUAAUAUCGCGCGCUUGGGAUAGAAAGUCCGUGAUUGUGUGUCGAGAUAAAUUACGUCUUAGGAUUGCAGACUCGCGGUCGCGAGACGCUCGAUUUUUAUUAAGGAUUUAUAAAUUUCAAGUAUAUUGUGCCCCCCGUGUGCAGGGAAGAAUUCAAUUGCACUCGAAUGUUCUCGAGUCAAAAUGAUGAAUAAUCGUUGAUUCGUCGCGAUCCGUCCUGUAAUUCAGGCUUAAGUUCGAACGGUUCUAAAAUACCGGCGGCUCUCUUGGUUCAUCGGGGAGUGAACCACACGCAUAACCUCUAAUUUCAAUCCUUCCUUUAAGAGACGUUCUCGGGAAGUAGAAUGUGUUGUCGCGCGUCUUUUCCAAAAGACUCAUUCCUUUGAAUGAGAAAAACGUGCGCAUUUUCGUCUGAGAAAAACACGGCGAGAAACGCGAGAUAAAAAAAAUUCACUGUGCGCGGUGAAAGCGAUCUCUCGAACGGAAAGUCCGUCAAAUUGCGUUUUUGUUUUUUUUUUAAUUCGAAUUUUGCGUGUCGCGCGCUCUCGAAACGAUUUUCUAAUUUAACACGCCGCCAUUACGCACACAUUGCUUUGCACACUCGGGUAUACUUACCUCGCUUGACUUCCUUUUCUUCCGAUGUGUCGCGAACAAUCGAAGAAAUUGUUUGAUUUUCACGCGAGAAAAAUUCACGCGUGAAUUUGACAAUUAAAAAAUACACGCAAAAUUAUUAUCUCACGCGUAAACGCGUCGGAGUCUCGUACUCUCGUGCGUCUUUGAAUCAUUUACGGAUGAUCUUGUCCUAUCGAGCUUCAUCGCUAGAGAAUUCGUAGCCGUAUUCGUGUAUUUUUAGACGACAGUCGUUUGGGAUUGUGUGCAUCGGGGAGAGAAUCGGCUGAAGUUCACGUGUAACAAGACUCUCUUUUCAAAUCUAUUAAUCUCCGUAAAUAAAAAUAGCGUUUAUGAUAUUAUUUUUAUAAAAAUCGAUUGUUCGCGCAUCGCGUUCGAAUUUUUCCUUCGGACGCGAAGCAAAAAUACCGAGGUCUAUAAAUUUCACGAUAAAAAGUGAUCAGUUUCCGUUCGAUAAAAACGCACUUAAAAAGUUUAUUAGCAAUCACGUCACUCUAAUUACAAACGAACAAGCAAAUAAAACGUUUCAAUUAAAAAGUAGGUUGAACGCUCGGCAGUUGCGUAGACGCGCGUGAUCGGGCCAUUGCGGAGAGAGGAGAUCCCUUCGUCGCAGAAACUCGAAGCCGGGGAACCAGGAGUGCGAAAACCUAUGGAUUCUCUCGCGGUGCUGCCCACCCGGUACAUCGCGAUCGAGAGAGUGUAGUGUGAGAUCAAUAAUGAGACAGGUGCUCUCAUUGGUGUAAAGCGAUGUGGCGGAGCUGAGAGUUUUGUCGGGCGGCACUAGGGGCUCAUGAAAAGUGUAUCCGGUGUGCAUAACGCCACCAUCAAAGACCACUGUGCCGCGAAACAUUUCAACGAGUUGGAUCAGUGUAAUUAUAAUGUAGUGCCAACUUUGCAGAUGGAUAAACAGGGAUGACUGAUAACUGCUGGAACUCUGGUGGUGGCGCUGGCGUCAAGAUGGAGCACUUUCAGGCCACCCUGGACCUUAGGAAGCAGGAGUUAUUGGAGGCCCGCUUUCUCGGAGCGAGGAUGUCCGCUGGGUCACAAAUUCAGAUGGCACCCCAAACAACCGUAAACUCUGGUCAGACAGUUUAUAGUCAAGACUCGAACAUGAGCACUGGCUCAUCACAUAGUGAUAAGGAGGUGGAUGCAAACACUCCAGAAAAGGUACCAAGAACUACUUCUGAAAGAAAGAGGAAGCGUAAAGAUGAUGGAGGUGGGGGUGCCCCAGGUGGAUCUGUGGCAAGUAAAGGUGCUAGAUCGGUUUCUGCUCUCGAUAAUAAGAAAAUCAAUGAGUAUUUUCCCAAGCACCAUUUGGCCAACAGUCCUAUUCGGCAUGGUGGAGCCAAGAGUCCUUCUCCUCAGCAAGGUUAUCCUAUGUAUCCACCAUCGCCUCAACAGUUACUUAAUCCACAAGUAACGACACCUAAUUCUUCAGUGGCGGAAUUUUCUUCCUUGAUGCAACCACCGAGACCUCAUCCUCAACCUCCACCGCCUCCACCACCAACCUCAACACAACCUGCGGGCUCGAUGGUCAGCAAGCAGGUCCAGGUAAGGCCUACCAACCUCAAUAGGACAAGCCAGGUCAGGCAAGCGAAGACUAACACCCAUAAUACAGAACUUACUUGCCAGAGGAUACAAGAGUUUGAAACACAAGCUUCGUCAGACUUAGAACUACGUAACAACAAAAUUGAUGAAUUAAAUAGGACAACAGAUGAACUCAGACAUCAAAUGGCGAAUCAACAGAAAGUGAUUGAGCAGCACAAAUCACAUAUAAAUAAGUGUAUAGACGUUGUAAAGAAGUUAUUAAAAGAAAAAUCAAACAUAGAAAAAAAGGAGGCUAGACAAAAGUGUAUGCAAAAUAGACUGAGGUUGGGUCAGUUCGUGACGCAAAGGGUAGGCGCGACCUUUCAAGAGAACUGGACCGACGGUUAUGCAUUUCAAGAACUUGCUCGACGGCAGGAGCAGAUAGCGACUGAGCGAGAAGAAAUUGACAAACAGAAGAAGCUGCUGCUGAAGAAGAGGCCGUCGAAUAGUGAGACUGGCAGAAAACGUAGUCAACCACAACCCUCUUUGCAUAACGGCACUGAAGCGACGUUUUUGAAACCGGAUGCGGUACCUGGUUCAUAUACGUGGCAGGAGUAUUAUGAAGCUGACGAAAUACUCAAGUUAAGGCAAAGUGCGUUGAAGAAAGAGGAUGCGGAUCUGCAAGUAGAAAUGGAGAAACUCGAAAGAGAACGUAAUUUACACAUCAGGGAGUUAAAGCGUAUUCACAACGAGGACCAAUCGAGAUUUAACUCUCAUCCUGUUUUGAACGAACGUUAUCUCCUCUUAAUGUUAUUAGGAAAAGGCGGUUUCAGCGAAGUGCAUAAGGCAUUUGACUUAAAAGAGCAACGAUACGUAGCUUGCAAGGUGCAUCAAUUGAAUAAAGACUGGAAAGAAGAUAAAAAGGCUAAUUAUAUAAAACAUGCGUUGCGAGAAUAUAAUAUACAUAAAGCAUUGGAUCAUCCCCGAGUUGUUAAGUUAUACGAUGUAUUUGAAAUUGAUGCCAAUUCCUUUUGUACCGUUCUGGAAUAUUGUGAUGGUCAUGAUUUAGAUUUUUACUUGAAGCAGCAUAAGACUAUACCCGAGAGGGAAGCAAGAUCUAUUGUUAUGCAAGUUGUAUCGGCUUUAAAGUACCUCAAUGAAAUAAAACCCCCAGUCAUACAUUAUGAUUUAAAACCAGGUAACAUUUUGUUAACGGAAGGCAAUGUGUGUGGUGAGAUAAAAAUCACGGAUUUUGGUUUAAGUAAAGUUAUGGAUGAGGAGAAUUAUAAUCCAGAUCACGGAAUGGAUCUAACGUCUCAAGGAGCUGGUACUUAUUGGUAUCUACCCCCUGAGUGUUUCGUUAUCGGUAAAAAUCCUCCUAAAAUAUCAUCCAAAGUCGAUGUUUGGAGCGUAGGAGUUAUAUUUUAUCAAUGCCUAUAUGGUAAAAAGCCUUUUGGUCACAACCAAUCGCAGGCCACUAUUUUAGAAGAGAACACGAUACUGAAAGCCACUGAAGUUCAAUUCGCGAAUAAACCGACUGUUAGCAACGAAGCAAAGAGUUUCAUAAGAAGUUGCCUAGCAUAUAGAAAAGAGGAGCGUAUAGACGUAUUAACACUAGCUAGACACGAAUACCUGCAACCCCCAGUGCCAAAACAUGGCCGACAAGCAAACAGCCAACAGCAGCAGCAGCAACAACAACAAAUUCAACAGCAGCAGCAAAGCUCGUUUAACAUCGGCAUGUUCAGUGGUAUGAACGCGUCGAGCAGUUCGUAGUGGAGAGGAAGACCUAAGGAAAGACUAAUAUCCUUGAUAUGUACCAAUACAUGCCAAAUCUUGAGCGCUCGGACUGUGCACAUCAUCUCAUCUUAGGAAAAUAACGAUUGCUAUAACCAAUUGUAAAUACUAAAAAAAAACUGGUUAUUAUCACCGUCAUCACCAUCCACCACCACCACCACCACCACCACAAUUAUUACCACACAAUUUACCACCGCCAUUACCACACCGUCACAACUAUACUUACAGGAUCGAUUACAUAAGGACAUUGCAAGAGAGAUGCGAGACUGGUCAUCCGCAAGUCCAGAAGCUUGCGUCUUUCUACAAGCCAUGCCACAUUAUUCAGCAUGACAAAAAAAAAAAAAAAAACAAUGUUGUGUUCGUAAAUAUUCAAUUGUAUUAUCGUUCCUUGUAUCAAACAGUGCGCUAACUUGAUAAUAGCGUUUAAAAGAAACGAGAGCGAGAGAGAACGAACGAGCGUGCGAACGAGAAGUUAAACAUGUGAUAAGUCAUUACAAGAUAAAAGUGACGCCUAGAUUAAGGGGGAGGGGGGAAAUAGAGCAUGCGUGUUUGUGCGUGUAUGUGUGUGUGUGCGCGCGUGCGUGAGAGAGAGAGAAAGAGAGAGAAAGAGAAAGCGACAAGUAAUAAAACGAAUAAUGACGAGAAUUCUUCCGGUGGAAACAAAAGCAACUUGAUGAAAGAAAGAGAGCAACGAAGAGAGUAGGAGAGGGAAAUAAAAAAAAAG